GUGCUGCACGUCAUGUCCAUAGAUGGCGUAGAAGAUCCAAUUGAAUCGAAUGAUGGGAUCAAUCACUAUGGCGGCAUAAUACCACCAAGCAUAUUUGAAGCCCAAUGUGUUUCGCAGGAAAGGAUGUUUUGCGUAAGGGUCCAUCAAACUCCAGUCCAUGACAAUAUCCCAGACACUAACGUAAACGGCGUUGAUGGUUGCCCAAAAGAUGAACAGAAUCCGCAAUUUCUGACUCUUGUUAUGACGCCACAAACUCAAGCUCAUAUAGUAGAGAAUGGUGCAUAG